AUGCCAUCAAUUGGUGUCAGCACAUCUGCAUUCUCAAUUGCAAGAGCAAAAAUGAAGUUGCCAGUUUGGAGGAGAAAAUUUUCAACAACACCAGCUUCAUCAGCAUCAGCAUCUGUACCAGUAACAUCAUUUGUGCCUGCAACAUCAUGUAUACCAACACCAACACCAUCACACAUGAAAUGGAGGCCACCAACACCAUCAUCAACAACAUGGAGGCCACCAACACCAUCUUCAUAUGCAACAUCAACAUCAUGGAGACCACCAACACCAACUUCAUCAUCAACAUCAUGGAGGCCACCAACACAAUGA